AUGUCGGAAAUAGCUGAGGUCCGUUCUGCACAGAAAUCCUUGGAGGAGAAGUUCACGCCCUUGCAGGACCUGGUCACCAGGCAGAUGGAAGCACUCCAGGCUCAGAUCCAGGCAGCCGGCCCCAGCAAGGACACCAUCGCCAAGGUGGCAGAAGAGUUCCGCACAUUUAGGGAACUUAUCUUCGGUGUGCUGAAGCUCCUACGAGGUCAGAUGUCUGAAUGCUCCAGACAAAUUGAUGAGCUUGCGACAAGGAGCCGUCGCAAGGCAUUGAUCAUCCAGGGCAUGCCUGAAAAAGAGGGUGAAAACACUAAUGAGUUGGUGCUCGAUGUUAUCAAUAAGAAACUAGGCUGCAAUCUCAUCACUACAUCCAUAAGGACCUCCCACAGACUGGGGCAGGCUAGUGGUGACCAUCACCGGCCUAUUCUUGUCCGAUUUGCCAGUGUGGACAUCAAAUCUUCGGUCUGGCGGGCCAAGACUCGUCUGAAAGGCACCAAGAUUGCCAUCCGAGAGUUCCUGACGAGGGAAAGGCAGGGUAUCUUCGUGCAGGCGCGUCAGCACUUUGGCAUGCGGUCGGUCUGGACACAGGAUGGCGUCAUCGUCAUCAAGGCCUCUGACGGGAGCAGGUGCAGGAUAACAACGAUGGGUGAGCUGAGUCCUCUGCUGGCUAAGUACCCGAAGACACAAGGCACUUCCUCAUCCGGGACCAGGCGGGACGCGGACGAGGCUGGCGGAAAUCUGAAAGUAACGCGCAGAUAA